GCAAAGCGCGCGAGUGUGGUUGAUGGCCGAGACAUGACGACGGUGGGAUGCACAUGCGUGGUGUCGCUCGAAGUGCUCCUUGGCCCGGAAGCAGGCAAGACUACACCGUGGGCAGACCUAGGAUCAACUCACCCCACCGGUGUUAUUGCGAUCGGUCGCAGCAAGAAAUUUGUCUUUGGGAAAGGACCUCAAGGGGAAAACCGUGCGGGCUUGCUCCUCUCAGCUGACCUGGAUGUGUCUUCGAGGCACGCGCAAGUCGUAUUGGAUUACACAAUGGGCGUCUUGUGUGUUCUAGACUGCAAAAGCACCAACGGAACGAAACUGAACGAUGUUGCGCUUCCUCCUGGCGAGUUACGGCCUUUGUCGGACGGCGACACCAUCACGGCAGGGUCGUCGCUCAUAGUGUUUCGUGUACAUCAGCAAUGCACUAGUUGCAAAACUCGAAACGCAGCUCCUCUGCCAUCUCCAUUGCCCCCCGCCGCAUCCUCGGUUUCUCCAUCUUUCAUCAUGUCGCCAGCUCUAGAUUCAUCUGAAGCGCCUGUGCAACAAGAGAUAUCACCAGCGUUGCCGUCAUUGGGACCCUUGAACGAAACUGCGGAAUCGGAUUUUCUCCCAUCUCCACCACGUAAAGUUGCCGACCCACAGCACAACUGCAUUGUAUGCUUUAUGUCGUUGUGGGGCCUCGAUUCCAUGGCCAGACAAGAGCACGUUAAUGCGUGUUUGGAUGAGACAUCGUCGAAGUCCAAGAAAUCACGUCGACGUAUACCGGCGUCAGCAGAUAAGCACCAAAUGGAACUGGCGGUCGCGUUGUCGCGAUCCGUCGUUGGGGAAGAAAUCGAAUGCAUGUUGACUCGAGGCAUGAUGGAGCGGGAAAUUGCCGACAUUGACGCUGCUAUCGCCAAGUUGCAGAAAAAGCGAGAGUCGUUGGUACGCAAGUUGCAAAAGAAUGCCAAGGAAAUCAAACGAUUUGCACCUUCCAGUAUUCUUCCACCAGAAGUUGUCGUGCAAUGGGAUGUUCAAGCCGUUCUGGCUGACAUGUUCCCGCCGUCAAGGCGGCUUGAGCCACGCAGCAACGAACCCAACGCAAAAGAGUUGAGCCAUGACGACGGAGAACACCAACGUGAACGCGACCGACCAUCGAAAGUAUGCAAACGGGGGGCUGUCUCGGCCUUAUGGCAGCAUGCGGCCGCCACGUCGGAGGAUAACGUCGUCGUUCCAAGCUUUGCAAGGUACAUCAUGUCUACUGCUUUCCCAGUCGAAGACGUUCCCAUCGAGGUCAAGGUGAUCUUCCCUGAAUGGAAGGAGAACCUCAUGUUUCUACAAUCGUCUACUGCGGCGAGUCUGGACGCGGCGCUGGCUUGUCUCCGAGCUGAAAUGGCCAAGCUCCAACCUUCCCAAUACGAUACGGACGCUGCCAAGUACAAAGCGUUUUCAUAUUUUGAACUGCGCAUGGAAGCCUUGUUGGAUGCCAAAUCCAAUCACCGGCUGAAUGCACAAACGCUCAGUGGCGGUGGCGAAGGUCCGAGCAAUCUGCCGCACGAACAGCAGAAUCGUUGAUUGAACCAAGCGUCCUCGAUGCUCCUGUCGAUGCACACGAAGAAGAUCCGACUGUAGACAAUGGGCGACAUGUUACCCGGACUCAACUGACUACGAUGGACACUUGCUGCUACCUCGAACCUGACCUCGUCUUGAUGUUCCGGUCGAGCUUCCUGUAAUCGUUGAGAACUCGGAGUGCGGCAGCUUUUUUAUCGGCCGCGUCGGGGCUGUGGAGGACCUUUCGCGAGGCAAAAAUGCUGCUUUUGGACGCUUGCGCGUGCAACUGCUUGAGCAAAAAGAGCUGUUCGCCUUUGGUUUCAAGCUCGUCGAUCGUGCGUUCAAGAGUUUUACUCACGCCUGGGCUGUCGACUUGCCCAACCAACGAUUUGUACCUGCGACAAAUGGAUCAAUCCGCUAUCGAAUCCCCGCCAUCGAGCGAUAAACAGAAGUCGAUGCGAUCACUCGUGCCAAUCAUUUACUUGAUUUCCCAACGGAAUGUCUUACCGUGUAUUGAGGUCGUUGAAUUCUGUAUCGACGCUGUUGAUUGCUUUGGUCAACGUCGCCAUGAAGCUUGCUUUCGUCGGCUUAUCGUCGCCACCUUCUAUUGAUGUGUCGACCGAUAGAAGCCUGCCCAUGGUGUUUUUUCCACCGACUCUAUCGUUGUCACUGUCGUCAUCAUCUAUGUGGCGAUGCGCUUGUCCUUGUGCUUCCAAUUUCGCCGCUGAGUGCCUUUGAUGAAGCUGGUGGAGCGGUGGGUGCACAUCCGGAGCAACCGCGUGGAAAGCGUCCGAGUGUCGAAGCGCUUCUUGUGCGUUUCCAAUGACCGAAAAUGACGGCUGCGUCGACUUGCCCAGGAGGAACGGAACCACUCCCAUGUUGGCCUGCUCGAGCUGAGCCUUGUUCGUGCUGUGUCGCUUUGUGAUGCGCGACGACGUUGUCCCCUUUUUCUUGGGCUUGACGACACCAGAGGAUGCAGAAAGCGCGACCGUUGUUGCUUUUGCUGACGCGCGACUGGCUGCCGUGGACCGGGUAACAACAUUGCGUGGCGAUGGCACCGAGUGCUUCUUGGCCGUGCUUUUUGCUGUCGUUUUGUUCGACUUGGCCGUCUUUGUUUUCGCCCACAGAUUGUGUACAAGUUUUUCGUUGAGCUGGGACAUUUGCGCGACCGUUUUCUGGAUGAAGAUAGUUGAAUCCACGAUCAUCUCGCGAAAAGUACCUCGGUGUCGUGCAGCCGAUCUUCCAGCGAGGCGUUGGCAUCAUUCGCGCGCUUGAGUUGGUCCUCAAGUCCCUGAACUUGGCGCGCCGACUCUUUUCCCGAUCGAUUCGCCGCAUGGAGCGCUUCCUGCAAUUCCACCAUGCGCUCCUUGGCCAUUUGAUUGGAUUCGGUGAGUUCGGCUUGAACUCUACGCAGCUGCGCCUCCAUCGCCGUGGUUUCAACCUAUGGAGAUUCGACGAAUGUCAGGGCGUUGGUCGUCGUGACGUACGCUAGCGUGCUCGCAUUUGUCCUUGAGCGAUGCCACAAGGUCGUUGCUGUGGUCUAUUUCGUUGGCCUGGUGUGUACUGUGGAGUUUGGCUUGAGCUAGCUCGGCAACCAACGAAUCCCUUUCGAUCCUACAGAAUAUGACGAUGAGCAUUGCUUCCGCCGCGAUCUCGACGAGGGUGCAUGGAAAGUACCGCAGGACUUCGUACGCGGCAUGAGCGGCAUCUUUAGCUUGCGCGAACUCAUACGCCGUCUUCUUGGCAGCGCUCAAGUGCUGUGCUUCGUUCGACCGCAACUGGGCUUUCAAACUCGCGCACUGGGACUCGAGCGUUGUUUUUUCCUCUUCGAGCCGUCGAUUCUUGUCUUGAAGCGCCUUCAACGCCGACAAGACGGCUUUGCUGUUGGCGGCCGCGGACGUAGACGUACCAUUUCCCGUCAUGCGAAACGGCGAAUGGAUCGGCAGCAUCGGCGACGUCGUCGACGCUUUGGCCGUCAAGUCAGGGGACAGACUGGAGGACGACGAGCUGCUGUUCGAAAGAUUGCCGGAAGAGUUGGCCGGAUCGACGUGCUUUUGGUUGUCAAAUGACGAAGGUGACGUAAGAAACGAAGUUUGCACAGUCGACGUCGCCGUCGGACCAAACAUCGCAUGGAUCUUGGAAGUUGCCGUCACGGAAUGAUGCUCGUCGGCUAGACUGAGGCGUCUCAACGUGUCUUUCAGCUGCUGCAGCUCGCUUUGCGCGAUGCUCUUGGAUGUCCGCAUCGUCGUGCUCUCCAUCGUUGCCCUGCGUGCCGUCGACUCGCAAUGCUUCGACAGCGACCCCACCAAGAUCGAUUUUUCAUGCAGUCGAAUUAUAUACCGAAACUGUCGUUCAAGGGAUAUUUUGAGCGAUUUGUGGCACCGACCUGACUAGCGUGUGCGACAUCGCUGCAUGAAGAUGCCUGCGCGGAACCAACUUGAGACACUACGUGAGAUGAUGAAGCUGCGCUUCUGUAACAAGGAACGAUCUCACGGAUACGCGCAGUUCCUGCCCGUGGAAGUCAUCGCUGUUGGCGGCCUCAGGACAGGUUUCCAGAUUGAACAAGGGAUGCAAGGCCACAAAUUGCCCCAAGUGUGGUCGGACUCAGUACAACGAAUAGCUUCACGCAGUCCACGAUGAACGAUUUCUUCUUGUGGUGGGCCAGGACAAGUACAGCGCACGUCCACAUGCGGCUACAGGAGGACAUGAUGCG